UGGUGGCCCUGGUUUGACAUUGGAGCUGAUGCAACGGAGAUGUUUGAGAAUGCUGGUGUAAAAGUACUAACAGACGCAUACAUCCACAAAGAGAAGGAUGAUUACCGAAUUUAUCCACCUCCAAUAUUUUUGAUGAGACCAGGAGAAGUUAUGAAUUCGGAACGCUUAUCAGGUCCAGCAGGACCACCGGCCCCUCCGCCUCCUCCACGUGGAGGUGCGCCGCCUCCCCCACCACCUUCAAACAACCAAGUCGAGGAGCCAGUAUCAACGAGGACAAUAUUUCCGGAGACUUGGAUUUGGGCCUUGGCUACCACUGGCCCUGAUGGAAAUGCAAGCGUUACUGCUACUGUACCUGAUACAAUUACUAAAUGGGUUGC